CGGCUCUUCCCGCUCAAAUCUGCCCCCGAGGCGGCAUUGCACCUCCUUUUUUUCCUUGACCUGUGGGCGCUGAUUCCCUCCUUGCUUUUCUCCCCCCCGCAGGGUAUAAAAUCCCCGUCAUUGAGAACUUAGGGGCCACGUUGGAUCAGUUUGAUGCGAUUGAUUUCUCGGAUAAUGAGAUCCGGAAACUGGAUGGGUUCCCUCUGUUGAGAAGGCUGAAAACUCUUCUGAUGAAUAACAACAGGAUUUGUCGGAUUGGGGAAGGACUUGAACAAGCUCUGCCCAGUCUCACAGAGCUCGUUCUUACCAACAACAACAUAUCUGAACUGGGUGAACUGGAUCCACUGUCGAGUAUUAAAUCAUUGACUUACCUGAGCAUUUUAAGGAAUCCAGUAACAAAUAAGAAGCAUUACAGACUAUAUGUUAUCUACAAAGUUCCCCAAGUCAGAGUGCUGGAUUUUCAGAAAGUGAAACUCAAAGAGCGACAGGAGGCAGAGAAAAUGUUCAAGGGCAAACGGGGUGCACAGCUUGCAAAGGAUAUUGCCAGGAGAUCCAAAACCUUCAAUCCAGGUGCUGGUCUGCCAACAGACAAAAAGAAAGCCGGGCCCUCCCCGGGUGAUGUUGAGGCGAUCAAGACUGCCAUAGCAAAUGCCUCAACAUUGGCCGAAGUGGAGAGGCUGAAAGGCUUGCUGCAGGCCGGCCAGAUCCCCGGCAGAGAACGAAAGCCAGGCUCGGCCGAGGACGCCGAGGAGGAGAUGGAGGAAGAUCCCGUCCCCACGGGCUCGUAGCUCCUGCGGACGCCGAGCUGCCCACGUGGCGCCGCGCCUCGCGUUGUGCCGCGCCGUUCCGCCCCGUGUCCGUGUCAAUAAAGCGCCGUGUCCGCUC